AAAACAAAUUUUGAGGAAAUUUCACUGUGUUUUGCACCAGAAGGUUUCAUUAAAAUUGGCUUUAUGCUGAGGUUGUUGUCAUUUUCUAAAGUGAUGAUUUCCAUUAUGUGUACUCUGCACUACAGAAAAAGAAAUAUUCGAUAGCGAGAGCUCGAACAAGCAAUUCAAUUCAACUAGACGUAAUUUUUAGUUCUUCAAUAUUCAUUGAUUGUUCUUUUUCAAAAGUACCACUUCACGUUGGGACUUACACACUCACUGUUCCACAUACACAACAUAUACACACAGCGGAAGAGCCAAGCUGCUUAAGUGACACACUCUUCUCUCUCCAGAAAAUCUCUGGGCUUCCUCCAAAUAAAAAUAACAGCAAAAUCAGCUCAGUGUCACACUGUAGACUCUUGAUAUUUUAUAAAUAAAAAUCAAUUUGAAUAAAUUCCAAUCUCUCAUCAUGAGAUUAUUAUCAUAUGAUUCAUCCCUGGACCACGUCUUUCUCACUUUGAACGUCUGUUAUCAGAUUACUGUAAAGCAGAGUGUGAUGUUUCCACUCUUGAACGCUGCUAUUUUAAUAAACCUUGGCGGGUUCAAAUUAACUUGCAGAAGUACGGAGUUUUAAAGCAACGUGCUAUAAAUUGUUCUUUAAAUUCCAUUAAUAGAAGUAUCGGGUCCUUCGAAGUGUAUUUACGCACCAAAGUACGUCGGCUAUUUAUGUGUUCAUAUGAAAGCUUAAAACUUUUAUAACGAAUUCAAAUGACAGAAAUAUAACUUUCCAGUUUUUCUGAUCUGUUGAUUUAUAUUGUUUUAGGUUGUCUGACCUCAAUGGAUGUUAUUUCUCUUCAGGCAUUUUACUUAUUCUCACAAGUUUUGAUGUUUCUGCUCAUCGUCUACUCAUGACUGAGAGAAGCGUCUAUCUUUUGCAACAAGGCCCUGACCUCUGACCCCCGAAGGGAGUCCCGCUGCCCACUCCACGCAGAGUUAGGAACAAGUCGUGACUGAAGUUUCCAAACGAAGUGGCCGUAACGCCGUUGAUGAAAGUGCUUCCUGUCGGUUAAGUCUUCGGUCAUUCUGCAGAAUUUCCCUCUGACUCAGCGUUUCCUUCGCUAACGUGACGAGAGGGGCGGAGAAACUAACCGAGGGAGAUGACUAACCAGAGGUACCACUUCUGCUUUUUGCAGGCGCUUAAGUAUCCGAUGUGUCUGCAUGCUCUGACACUUCACACUCUCUACGCUGAGACGACAGGAGGAAACACAACACACCAGCAGAGAUUAAGCUCCUCGCAUCCACCAGGUCUCACAUCCAACAGUGACUUUCGAGAUGGCAAACUGUGGAAGCCUCCUGAAGACCGCGCUGGUCGCCAUCGCCCUGGUGGUCGUCGCUGCCUCCGGAUCAACAGUGGAGAAAGUGGCGCCUUGUUGCACGGCGGUCGACCAAAAUGAGAUAACCGAGCCGAUCGUGAAUGUUUGGAUCCAGAAGGCGAAAGCUCCCUGUGUCGCCGCCGUCAUCUUUCAGACUGAGAAGGACCUCCUCUGCAAGUACGUCAGAGCGGCAUGGGUUCCCAAAAAGAUUCGGGAGUUCAGGGAGGCGAAAGCCCAGUCCAAGCAAAACACCACCCCCUCCCUCCUCUCCUUCAUCGUAUCCACCACCACCUCCUCCCCUUCAUCCACCACCUCCUCCCCUUCAUCCUCCUCCUCCUCCUCCCCUUCAUCAUCAUCCUCCUCCCCUUCAUCCUCCUCCCCUUCAUCCUCCUCUGCCUCCCCUUCAUCUACCACCAUCCCCUUUUCUUCAUCCUCCUCCUCCUCCACCAUCUCCCCCUUCCCCUCUUCAUCCUUCUCUUCCUCUUCUUCCUCCUUUUCCUCCUCCCCGUCUUCAUCCUCCAGCCCUCCUCCCUCCUCCUCCUCCUCCACCUCCGAGGCUGGAGAGAGCUUCUCAGAGAGCAGCAAUGUUUCGGCCGAGACCACCGCCUCCUCCGAAUGAGAGCAUAGACAAAGUUCAGCCAGCUGCAUUUGAAAGAUUCCUUUAGCUUGAAUAUUUAGUUUUCUUUAUUCCAUUGAAAGCCACUUAUUUAUUAGCAGGAUCUUAUUGACCUGUGUUGACAAAGAAAGAGAAAAUAUUUAUUAUCAAGUCUAUUUAUCGAUGUGUACACAUCACCAAAGAGUGCAAUGUUUCACUUGAGAGUUCAUACUGGUAAAUACUGUGAGGGAAUAUUUUGAGUCUUGUAUUUAUUUUUAUAAUAUUUCUUUAUAGAGUGAAUUUGUGCAACUUGUGAAGAAUUAAGUCUGAAAUAAAUUGGAUCUAA